GGAGGGAGCCGAGCCGGCGACGAGCCCGGGGGUCGCGACGUGCAGAAGCGGCUGCGGCGGCGGCACCGGCCACGGCGGGCGGAGAAGCCGGGGCGCAAUGGAGCGGAAGAGGUGGGAGUGCCCGGCGCUCCCGCAGGGCUGGGAGAGGGAAGAAGUGCCCAGGAGGUCGGGGCUGUCGGCCGGCCACAGGGAUGUCUUUUACUAUAGCCCCAGCGGGAAGAAGUUCCGCAGCAAACCACAGCUGGCACGUUACCUGGGCGGAUCCAUGGACCUCAGCACCUUCGACUUCCGCACAGGAAAGAUGUUGAUGAACAAGAUGAAUAAGAGCCGCCAGCGCGUGCGCUAUGAUUCUUCCAACCAGGUCAAGGGCAAGCCUGACCUGAACACUGCGCUGCCUGUACGGCAGACUGCAUCCAUCUUCAAGCAACCGGUGACCAAGAUCACCAACCACCCCAGCAACAAGGUCAAGAGUGACCCGCAGAAGGCGGUGGACCAGCCGAGGCAGCUUUUCUGGGAGAAGAAGCUGAGUGGAUUGAGUGCCUUUGACAUUGCAGAAGAACUGGUCAGAACCAUGGACUUGCCCAAGGGCCUGCAGGGGGUGGGCCCCGGCUGUACAGAUGAGACGCUGCUGUCGGCCAUUGCCAGUGCUCUACACACCAGCACCCUGCCCAUUACAGGCCAGCUCUCUGCAGCCGUGGAGAAGAACCCUGGUGUGUGGCUGAACACUGCGCAGCCACUGUGCAAAGCCUUUAUGGUGACAGAUGAUGACAUCAGGAAGCAGGAGGAGCUGGUACAGCAGGUGCGGAAACGCCUGGAGGAGGCACUGAUGGCCGACAUGCUGGCUCACGUGGAGGAGCUCGCCCGAGACGGGGAGGCACCACUGGACAAGGUCUGCGCAGAGGAAGAAGAGGAGGAAGAGGAGGAGGAGGAAGAGCCGGAGCCGGAGCGUGUGUAGCACAGGUGCUGCAGGCCCGGGUGGGAUGUCAGCCCAUCCCCUAGCCGGGCUGCUCACAGCUUCCCUUCCUGCCUAUAGCAGGUGCCCUGCCCGAGUCUGGGCUGCAGACUGCCUUCAGCCUUGCCUGGAGCAGGUGGGGGCCAGGCCUGCAGGAGGCAGCCAUCCAUCCACCUCCUGCUCCCAGGUCUCAGUGCAGAGAGUCCCUGUGGACACUGAAAGCUGACAAGCAGUGACCCAACUGAGAGGCCACCAGGACACAGUCACCUCCCUGCCUCCUUAUCAUAGGACGAGGCCCUGCUCGGCAUUGAGGAGCUGGGAGCCGUGUUGGGCGCUGGGGGAAGUUUCUGGAAACACACCUGGCUACGCCCACCUUGUGUCCCUAAGGCCAUUACAGGCCAGGGUCUGAACUGCUCCUGCCCACAGGGCUGCCCAGCCUCCUCACACUGAGGGUCAGCAGCCCACCAGGAAGUCACUUUCCUUCAAUAAACUGAUGGUAGGAACUUGUGA